AUGCUCAAGUUCCAGGUUCAUUCUCCGGGCAAGGUUAUCCUCCAUGGGGAGCACGCCGUAGUCUAUCACCGUCCCGCCCUCGCCGCCGUUGUAGGCCUGGGCACUACGCUGAGAUUCCGUCAGUUGGAGAACAGUCAGGUGGCCAGUUUUCAGUUAGAGGCACUUAACUGCACCCUGGAGAUCCAGUUGCCGGAGUUCAAUGACUUUUUGGCCGACUUCCGGAGCAAAAACUCUUCAGACAGCACAGCCAAACUACUGGAGGCAGUGAGAGCAGAAGUGUCCAAACAACUGGAAAAAUCCGGAGGCAGUGCUCCCAAGCAGCACACACAACGGGCCUUUGUCUCCAUCUACUAUUUGCUGGCCGGCGCUGUACUCUCUUCACCCGGCGAUCCAAAAAUGACACUGCAAACCGGUUUCCAGGUGCAGGUAGACAGCCAGUUGAGCGUGGGCGCGGGACUUGGAAGUUCCGCCUCUUUUGGAGCCGCUUUGGCCACCACCUUUCUCAUUUUGGCGGGGCACUUUGAUAGAGACAGUUACCUGGCCGAGGAAAAUCAGGCUUUGAUAUCAACCUGGGCCUACGAAUCGGAACGAGUUAAUCAUGGCACUCCCUCCGGUCUGGACAACACAGUGUGCACCUAUGGAGGGAUGUUACGCUAUGUUAAGGGGCAAGGAUUCCAGUCGCUGCGAAUUCAGAAGCCUUUGAACAUCCUGCUGGUGGAUAGUCGGGUGAGCCGCAGCACCGCGGACAUUGUGGCCAAGGUGCGUCACUUGGGUGAGGCCUUCCCGCAACUCAUCGAGGCCAUUUGGCAGGCCUGCGAGGAGCUCGUGACCGCAGCCGUCCCACUUUAUGAAAGCUUUGGCAACGCCCAGGACGACAGCGCAAAGUUUGAGCAGUUGGAGCGUCUCUUUCAGAUAAACAACGAUCUGCUUAAGGCCAUUGGAGUGUCCCAUCCGAAGCUGGAGCAGAUAUUUACCAUCGCCUUUAAGCGAGGCUUCUUUUCCAAGCUGACUGGAGCUGGUGCUGGUGGCUAUGUGAUCGUUCUGCUACCGGAAAACUAUGAGUGCAACGAGGUCUACUGGAAGCUCAAAGAGGAGCUCGAAUCGGCGGGCUUUGGUGUCCAUGUGACGACUGCCGGUGGCGAGGGCUUGCGUGUUACUUCACUAGAGGACUAAACCGCACCGUUUUGUAUUGCUAUUGUAUGUAUUCGUGGUUUUGUUAUAACUUAAAAAUAAAGAUUUAUACAUGUA